ACGAAUCUUAUAUCGCUACUUUUGUCUCACUGAGGGGAAUCCGCAUCUAGCACCUGAGACGCUGGCAUGUGAAACGCCACCCAGCCGGCUAUAAAACAUCAAGCACAACGGACCUGUUCACUUAUACACUUUUGGUUCUGUCUCCUUUCCAAGAACCAUCGUGUUGGAUGUUGGUUUAGUCCUUUUUAGGAAAUAAAAUAUCUCACAGAUAGCCCACAUGUAAUACCCGUUUGGUGUGGAACUGUGUGGUGUAUAUUCGCCCAGGAGGAGAAGGAGACAAAGUUGGAUUACCUCAGAGCCCCUAGCCUUUGAGUGAAAUUUCAUCAGCUGCUCUAUAAUCAUGAUUCCACCUGGAGACUGUCUGUAUGCUGGGAGGAAGAGGAGGAAACCCAUUCAAAAACAAAAAGCAACAGCAGCGAACCAGAAGUCCAACCCGUCCAAAAGACAUCGGGACCGACUGAAUGCAGAGCUGGACCGGCUGGCCAGCCUACUGCCGUUCACUCCAGACGUCAUCUCCAAGCUGGACAAGCUUUCAGUGCUGCGUCUCAGUGUCAGCUACCUCCGCGUCAAGAGCUUCUUCCAAGCUAUUCAGGAGAAACCAAGCAGAACACACAGCACUGAGGCCUCCAGUCCUGAGCCCAAGAAGUGCAGCCUCGGAAAUGGCGUUCUGGAAAGCGAUCUUCUGCUUGAGUCUUUGACAGGGUUUGCGCUGGUUGUGAGUACAGACGGAGUCAUAUUCUACGCAUCUUCUACCAUUGUGGACUACCUGGGCUUCCAUCAGACGGAUGUGCUGCACCAGAACAUCUUUGAUUACAUUCAUGUGGAUGAGAGGCAGGAGUUUAGAAGACAGCUCCACUGGGCCAUGAACCCCACCCAGCAGGACCACCACGCUGCAACAGCAACUGGUGAGGACUUUAUGGUGGGCAGUCUGUUCAGCGCUCAGGAGCCGGAUGGUGUUCCUCCUGAACUCUCUCCUUUCCUCUCUCGCUGCUUCAUCGUUCGAGUUCGCUGUUUGCUGGACAGCACAUCUGGCUUCCUGAGCAUGCAGUUCCAGGGCAGUCUGAAGUUCCUGCAGGGUCAGAAGCGGAAGAGUGAGUCCGGUGCUCUGCUGCCCCCUCAGCUGGCACUGUUCUGCAUGGCCAUACCGCUCGUUCUACCCUCAAUCACUGAGCUCAAGAUGAAGAACAUGAUGAUAAAGAGCAAACAGAAAGGCUCCAACAGCAGUGAGAAGAAGCACCGUAUUUCACAUGGCCAAUGUGAUGCCGGUGACAUGCUGCUGGUCAAUUGGACGACCUCAUCUUCUAGGGACCCCUGCCAGAGCGAUUCAUGUGUGGCACUCGCCAAAGACGGUGUCCAGUACAGGAGCGAAAACUACUACGGCCAGGACGAGCCCCUCAACUUCUGCCUGUCCUCCAUGGGGGUCUCUAGACUGCAUAAUACAGACGGUCCAUGGGAUGCACGCAUGGGGCCUACUGGCUACUUUUCCAGCAAGUUAAGCAAGCACGCACAAUCUGGAAAAUAUUGCAGCUCUCCAGGCUCUCCGCCUGUGGGGUCACAGGGUAAACUUUAUGGACAUGGUGAAAGGGAUGGUUACUGUGGGCAUGGGAAGAAUGAGAGCAGGUACACAGCACAUAACGACUGUUAUAGUGGAUUGUUAUUACCUGAGACUGCUAUUAAAACAGAGCAAGACUCUGAUUCAGAAAGUGGCUGCAGUAGGUACACCACCAUGUCCCAGAAUGGGGUUUGGCGCUACAGCAUGGCCUUCAAUGAGGGACACCAGGUGAAAUCAGAAGGAGAAUACUAUAACCACUAUAGCCCAUGCCAAAGUGGCAGGGUGGCUGGUAUCAGCCCAAACCUCAAUGGCCACCACAAGUAUCUCUAUGCAGGCCCCAGCAAGGCUCUAAAGUGCGUCAUCAACAAAGACGUCCCUCAUUCUGAUCUUCUCGGUAACCAAGGAAACUGUAUUGAUGUCCACACAUAUGCUAACGGCUCUACAGAACCCAAAGUCUUCAUGCAGCCAGAUUACAAACUGAGCUACGAGUUCAGGAGUCACAGUCUUCUCCAUUCCAUCAAAAGAGAGCCCAUGGACUCUCCGCCUUGGACCAACGGCAGCCAUGAUGUCAUUCAAGUACAUUCAGAAAGAAAUGGAGAAAAUGGUACCAUGAAUGCAGUAGUGCACAAAUCCAAUCCAUAUUUGUAUAUGCAAUGAUCUACCUAUUUUAUUGUUUUGCUUCCUUUCGGAGUUGAAAUGUUAGAUUAAAGGAAUAUGCCAGUGUUUUUCAACCUAAUCUCUAUCUACCACUUCUAUGUUUUACUGUUGGAGGCAGUCAUGGGCUGGAGGUUAGUGAACCGGACUUGCAACUUGAACGUUGACGGUUCAAUCCCCUGACAGUACAUGGCUGAGGUGCCCUUGAGCAAGGCACCCAACCUCCAACUGCUCCUUGGGCACCCCGGAUAGGGCUGGACCAUAAGUGGGCCAUGUCUGGGCAGAAUUUUGAUCCACUGUCAGUCAGCUGUAAGUUAGGGAACUAGCCCUGUGACCGGAAGGUUCCCGGUUCAAUCCCCAGAGCUGACAGUACAUGACUGAGGUGUCCUUGACCAAGGCACCUAGCCCCCCACUGCUCCCCGGGCCUGCCGAUAGGGUUGCCCACCGCUCUGGGCAAGUGUGCUCACUGCCCCCUAGUCUGUGUCUUCA